AGUGUGGGGCAUCUCCGUUGUGACACAAUGUUUUCUGAUUAUGUUCUAAGUCAGCCUGUCUGAUAGUUGGUCUUGCGCUGUUUGUUGUGUGACUCACAUUUGUUUUAGCAAUGCUUUGAAAAGUUGUGUAAUCGUGUCGGUUUGCACAUAAUCCAUCGCACACUCUCUCGGGGGAUUGCACUUCUUCAGAAGAACAGCCAGUGUGGAAACAUGAAGAGCCCUUUUGCUCAGGGGCGGUUAGAGGUGCUGCAGAUCUUCAAACUGCUGCAAUGCAUUCGGGAGAGGGACAAAGCCCAGAUAGAGAAGUUGGUUAAACAUGGGGUGUCCAAUCUCCUCAACAUAACUGAGCCCCAGAGUGGGAACAGUGCCCUACACUUGGCAUCUGUGGCAAAUGACUCAGAGAUGUGCUCAUUUUUGCUGUCUCUGGGGGCACAUCCUGAUGUGCAGGACAAACAGGGCUGCACUCCCGUGAUGAAAGCAGCAGAGUUAGGCCAUGACACUGUGGUCACUAUUCUUGCAGAAGCUGGGGCUGACAUGAAAAUGGUAGAUUCUGAAGGAAAAGGUGUUUUGUUCUAUUGUAUUUCUCCAACCAAAAGACACCUGUGCUGUCUUCAGAUCAGCCUCAAGCACAAGGCUGAUGUCAACAACUGUUCAAGAAAGGGAAAACCCGUGUUUCUCCUGGCUUGUGAGCAUGCAAAAGAUUGUGUCACUAUUUGCAUGAACAUCUUGGAAAAUGGAGCUGAUCCAAAUGCAACAGAUGAGAUUACAGGUCAUACUGCUUUAAUGGAAGCAGCAAAAGCAGGCACAGUGGAACUGGUUCGAGCAAUUCUACAGAGAGGGGGCAAUGUCAAUGUUCUAGACAAGAGAAGAAACCAUGCUGCCCACUAUGCAGCUGAAGGAGGAUUUUUUGAGGUAAUUCAACUGCUUUCUGCAUAUUCGGCUGAUAUGGGAGUCGUGAGUAUGGAUGAGAAUACACCACUUCACCAUGCAGCCAAAGGAGGCUUCACUGACUGCUGCAAAUUUCUCUCUCAGAGAGGCUGUAAUCCUAAACUGAAAAACCUUGAAGGACUGACUCCACGUCUGCUUGCUAAAGAGUAUGGACAUAAAUCAGCCAUGAAGGAGCUUAGAAAGGCAGAGAGUCUUCAUGCCAAAUACUCCAAACCUGGAGCAGUUAACCCCAAUGAACCCUGGGCAAUCAGACUUCAUGACUGGUCCUUUGAAAAUGAGGCUGUGCUCCGCAGUGCAUUCGGAAGCAUAGAAGGAGAGGCUGAAAAUGUAUCAAAGGAAAAUUUUGUGACAGUUCUUCAGGAAAAAGGUGCACCGGUGAACCUGGAGGAGAUCCAGAAAAUAGCCAUGGUUCACGACAAAAGCCGAGAGGGGUGUAUAAAUAUCAAUGAGUUUUUUAAAGGGUCCAAGUUCCUGCAAAAGGCUUUCCUUUUGUCAUCAUAUGCCACUAAGACGAAAAAAGGAAAAAAGGGGAUAAAAGGGAAGAAAAAGGGAAAAUUCUCAAUCCCAAUGCCAAUAUGUACUCUUCCUAAAGACCUCAUAUGUCGCAGGGAUGAUGGAGGUCCUCCACAGUUCAUGAUUGAAAGCUACCAGCAUUACACAGACACCAAUAGGUUCGAUCGCGACCACCCCCCUUGCCAUCCCAUUGAAGAUGAUUCUGUGUGGUACAUAGAAGAGCCUGAAAAAAAUUACGCUAACAUUAACUAUUGUGCUAGAACCGGAGAUUUUGAAUCCUUAAGUCUUGCCUUUAGCCAGGGUGUUCCAGUGGAUGUCACGGACAAAUUCUACAAAACUCCACUGAUGUGUGCCUGUUCUAGUGGGAAUUAUGAAGUGGCAAAAUUUCUGAUAAGCAUGGGGGCUAAUGUCAAUGCAUGCGACCAAUUUAACUGGACUCCCCUUCAUCACGCCUGUCAUGCUGGACAGCUGGACAUCAUUGAGCUGCUGGUAAACUCAGGUGCCACCAUCGAUGCUCCUGCAAUAAAUGGAGCCACUCCACUGAUGAGAGCUAUAGAAAGCUGCCGGCCCAACUGUGUGGAAUACCUGAUCAAAUGUGGGGCGAAGGUUCAGCUGGAAAAUAAAAAAGAGCAAAAUGCCUUGGACAUUGCUAAAGCAUACGCUGAUUUUAGAAUAGUUGACAUGGUACAAGCAAAAUUUGACACUCUUCCUAAACCUAAGGACAAAAAAGGAAAAGGAAAACCGGCUGCAAAGUCUAAACCAACUGCCAGCUUUACAAAAGAUAAGGUUCUACUACCUCAAAGUACUGUGUCUCCAUCACCAUCUGAUUCCGGUGGAAAGAAAGAGUCUCUGAAGGAAAGUGUCAUAUAUCAAAACACUCAAAUAACCAAUGGAGCUCUGAACAGAAUCGACAUCAGUUUUGUGCCAAAAACAAUGUGGGGUAAUCUGCCAACAACAAGUCAACUCCUCAGAAAGAAAGAAGAGCGAAGGGAGCGUCAUUCCUAUGAAGUGGACUUUGAGGACUUCAUGAUGCCCUUUAAGAAGAACAUAGUGCAGAAAUCUCUGGAACUGGGUGGCAUAGAGGAUUAAGAAAUAAACACUGAACCCAGAGGAACUCACAGAAGAAAGGCGAGAACAUGUACAAGCUCCGUGAAGAUGGCACCUGAGGAAUUGAUCUAAGGCACAAAGCAGCAAUGGUAACCACUGUACCACCAUGCCACCCCUUUGAAUUAAUCACUGCCUUUCAAAUAAUUUCACACAUUCAACCUACAACAACAUCUAGUGCUUGCAGCUGAUCUGGUCAUUUUUAUGUUUGUACAGUACAUUUUAUUGAUUGGGUAUUUUAGUGUUAUUGGCAUGAACAAAAACAUGACAUCACAGUAUACUGUAGUGAAUGAUUCUGUAGUGAAAUGGCAAAUAUUACAUUAGUCAUUAUCCUGGGAGAUUAUUUGCUGUAUUUAAUUUCAAGAAAAUGAUAUGGUUUUGUAUCCCGGAAUUUUGAAUGAUGUGUCUAAACACUGUGAUGUAUCUGAAACCUACAGAUUUUGCUUAGCAGUAAAUUUUCUUUUACUUCAGUAAACUACAAUCUAAAGUGUGAUUGAAAUACGUUUUUGUGGGAGCUUCAAGGUCAGUCAAGGGUGCUUGCUCUUCAAUUAAAUAUUCAAAAUAUAUUAUUAAAAAUAUUGUAGUAUAUUUAGGAUAUGCAGUCUUUUGGAAAAACUUUAGCAUUUGUCCCCACUUUUGUGUCUUGCAGUUAUUCGUUUUCAGCAUUACAAUGUCCUGCAUGUUAUUUAAGUGUUAUGUAAGGUGUGGUAUAAUAACUAGUAGGGUUGUGUAUUCAGAAAACCACAUAUUAUACAACUCUUUAUAUAAGUCCCAUAGACUUUAUGGGGGAAGAGUAUUAAUAGGAGGAGGACGAAGCUGUUGGGAGGUUGUAAUGGAGUGUAAUUUCUGAACAUUAUACUGUACUGAUGCUUUCAUGUGAACAUGAACCAAGCCAAAGGUUUGAGGUAAAAAGGUCCUGUUUUACUGUAUGAGCUUUUUUGCUUCAUGAAAUUCCUAAAUGGGGCAAUUAUUUUAGGACUUAAAGAGAUAGGCUAAUCUUCAAUUUCAGGAGGUGACAAUUUAUUUUUAAGGACUCAUGCCCUUUGUUGUGCAGGACUUAAUUACACAACAACUCCCAGGAUACAUAUACACACAUACUCAUAAUAAUCUUGUUAACAAAGACUGCUCAUUACACAGUACUCAUUUACAUUCUCCAUAUUGUGUUUAUGACAAGGCACAUUAUUGUUAGGUAUAGUUUGUUUAAUCUCUGUAGUCACACUAUAGAGUUGGAGGGCAUCAUGCUCAUCUUUCUCUACCAGUAGAUGGUGCAGUGCUGCUGCUAAAAAGGAAAAUAAA